CUCCCAAAAAAAAAAAAUUGUCAUGAUUUGCAUCAAGUUGAAUGUUGGUAAACAGUUGAAAACAGUUGACGGUAGCCAUUGACUUCCAUAGCGUAAAAAAGAUCCCAGUAGGUCGAAUGUUCUACAAAUCAAACAUAUGAUCUGCCAGCAGGUGGCAGCACAUCAAUUCCAGCGCGUGUCGUCAUAAGAAAUGGCCUAUUCGCAGUCCCCUAAGAAGGCUGGUCUACCACGAGAGGUUUUGAAAUGGCUGCAAAGUCUUGAAUUAUCGUUUUUCCCAAAAAACGUGCGCAGAGACCUUUCCAAUGGAUACCUAGUGGCAGAAAUAUUUUCCUGGUACUUCCCAAGGGAUUUUCAUAUGCACUCCUAUGAUAAUGGAGCUUCACUGGCUGCCAAACAAUCCAACUGGUCCCAGAUUGAGAGAUUUUUUGAGAAGCAAAACAUCAGUCUGAUGAAAGAGGUCAUAGAUGGCACAAUCCACUGUAAACCUGGAGCUGCAGAGCUUCUCGUGCAAGAGAUUUACACCUUCCUGACCAACAGAAGGAUCCAGACCAUCCAGAAGGUGGAGCAAGGCUUCACAGAUAAGGCUUAUCAAGACCAGUUGCCUAUGGUGGCUCGAGCCACAGCCUCAGUGGCCAUAAAGAGCAACUUGAGUCUCAGUGAGGUUAUAGCUGAACCAAACAUCAUCUCCAACCAGCGCAAGGUCCUUGCGAUCAUGCACAGACACAUAGAACAGAGAAAAGAGGAGAGAACACAAGACCCAAAACGAUUCAAUGUUAAGCCCACUCUUGGAGAACAGGCUGUCAGAUUGCCUCCGCUGUUCGCCUACCAGAGCGAGCCAAACCUGCAGAUGAACACCAGUCAAGCAGCUUGUUAAGUUCUUGGCUCUACCUUGCCAACAAGAAGAUGAGACAUAUGUUCUGUGGCAUCUGGCAUCAGAAGCAAAUUGGAGGCAAAUUAUGAGAAUCUAUGUUUAAGGUAGAUGUCUUACAGAGGUCUUCAAAGCACAUUUCAAAAUGUGGCCCUAGAAAUUUAAGCAGAAGAUUCAUUCGCACAAUAAAUAAAAACCAGUCUAACAAGCAUACACAUCAGUGUGCAGGCUGCUUUUGUUGUCCAUGUUUAAAUAGAACACAGACUAAAAAUAUAUAUAAAAAUCCACAUUUAUUAGCUUCUAAAGGCUUGUUGUUCUGAUUGGCAUUGGAUUUUAAUUCUCUACACCUUACAGGUCAACAAAUCUAUUAUAAUGAAAUGCAUAUUUCCAUCUCUUGUGAUAUUCAAGUCACAGAUUUAAAGUGUAAACAAUUAAUAUUUUUCAGAAGAACUGCUUCUUGUAGUUCAACCAAAAGUUGGUAUCAGUUCGAUAGAUUAAUAUAUGUGUAUAAUCAUUUUAAUUCUGAUUUCAUCCAUAGCUCUUAUUAAAUGUGUGAUGAUAUUUGAAUCAAUUAAGUUACUAAAAAUUAUUUUUCUGCUCCUUAUGAUUUGAUGUUUCUAUGGCUUUUUAUGGGACGGCUUGGGUUUUUUCUUGUUGUAUAAAAAGAGUAGUCUGGACAUUUUCCUAAAAAUCUCCUUUUGAGUUCCAUGGACAAAAAAUAAAUCAUGUAGGUUUAGAACAUCAUCUGAGCUUAAAUUGAACAUUUAUCAAUUAACCCCAGUAGCUCUUAGGCCUUCUUCAGCCUGUUGUUGCAUCUCUGUUAUCUCUGUAUUGAGAUAGCUCGGUUUUAAAUGAAAGGCACAGCAUGUUCUCUUCUCCGCUCCACCUAAGACCCACUGCAAAUUAGAUAUUCAUUUAGCAAACUCACUGUGAGACAGGCAGGAUUUAGGCAAGUUGCCCGGGUGCUUGUUUACACCCUCUGCCUCUUUUACUCUGUUUCUCUCUGCGUUGUACACACACAAACACACAGUGUCACACAGUCCCUUUCAGUCUCACACACAGACAAACACUCUCACACGCUCAGUGCCUCUGUCAAACAUAAAGAGUGUAUCUGCUGUGUUACCAUGCAUCUUUCAGACUCAAUUCAUAGCAUAAGGUUGCCAUGGAUAUCUAAAGCAAGCAUACUGCUUUUCAUCAAUGUGCCUAGAAAAUAACUUUUUAGACCACCUCGUCUCUCUCACGCUCCCUCUGUUUUUCUCACCCUCCUCCCUAUUACAUGCUUAUGCUGUUUUCCAUCUGAAAUGGGCAUUUAAAAAUCCAAAUAAUAGGCUUUGUGCGGAAUAAAAUGCCAUGAGGUGCGAAUGACCCUGAAUGCAGUCAUUUAGUCAUUAGCAUAGCUGAGAUGUUACUGAAUCGGUGUCUACUCUCAAUGAUUUGACAAACAAAUGAUUUUUUUAGGG